AUGAUCUUUUUUACUCUUCCAGAAAUGUCCUGUGAGCCUGACUACGUCGCUAACUUGAAGAAAUACUUUAAUGACCUACACAUCACUGGUACUUAUUACAAAAAAAUAACCUCCAAAGAACGUAAGUGAUGCGUAAGUAUAGUAACAUGCAAGAGUGGAUUUCGUUUUUCCUCUCUGUUAUCUUUACCAAUAGUCAUGAAUAGUGUAUCACCUAUGAUAUUUUGCCGGUACAGUAAGGCCCUAACCUGUUGGGGUGAAUUAAGGAAUGGGUGUCGGGAAAUUGUAGGGGGGUGGUCUAGUUCAAAGAGGAAAACUAAUCCGUUUGCACAUUCAAAGGUGGAUUCAAUCCGUGCUAAAGCAUUUGUCUAGCUGUGCUCAUUCAUGAAGAGUACUUUGUAGGUCUACUUUAGGCAAUUAAUUCUAAAAAAAAAUCUUUAUUUUACUUUUUACAAUAUAUAUUGGUGAUUCUUCAUAAAAUUCGUUUUGUUCCAGAGCUUGAAUCUGAAGCAAAGGAUGCUUUUCGUGAGUUCCUCGGGACUGUAUAUCCAGAUUGGUCAGAUCGUUUUGAAAGCUUGUUCAACGAAUGGAAAAUGACCUACACAAGCGAGGGGCCGUUUGAAACCGAACACGAUCGUGCCAACAUAAACGACAAAAUGACACAUCCUGACGAUUUCCAGGUAUGAAGAAUCGUGCUUCCUCAAAUACGUGCUCACUUUUUAGAAUUUCGACGAAAUAUAGAGUGCGCUCAGUCCGAAAGAGUGCACAAUUAGGCGUGACUCUUAAGUAUACCCCGCAAGCUGAGGCUUAUUUUUUCGAAAUAGGUACCAGCGUGCGAAUAGUAAUUAGCCUGUGCCAAAAAUCAUCCAUCCCAGUCCAGAAACGAGUGAAUUAAAAUAACUGAUGGUUUUUAACCGGCUUUAGACUGCAGGCUUAGUAUUGCGGCUUAAUCUGCAUGCUGCUUAACUAACGAGCGUUUGUGAGAGUUAAUUAGCUGUUACGCUCAGAUGAGGCUGUUGCAGAUUGAAGAAGGGUGUUUUACUGAACAAAGGCACCCUGGAGAUCUGAAUAAUUCUCCAUAUCACACGAGAGGCGAAUCCAAUUAUUGUUGUUUGUUCAUUUAAAACAUUUUCAACUUCAAAAUAUGCCUGCCUCGAUCGACGUUAUUUUAGUUCCGGUCGAUUCACAACCCGGAAAAUUUUGGACGUAAGGGGACGUUGAGUCCUGCAGAUGUUUUUCAGAUGGCCGUAAUCACUAUGCAGUUGAGUGAUAUGCAAGCUGUUGUUGCUAUAUUUUUAGCCAGUACUUUGGCUAUUUUUACUUUGCUAAAAGUGUGGAAUUUUCAGCCAUUUUCUCUAGCUCUAUGAAAAAAGCUAAGCUACCGCGCCUUCUGCUAUCUCUUUUUCUGAAUAAUUAAUCGUAAUAUCUAAAAGGCAUACAUCUUCCAAAUUUGGUCAAAGGUAGCUGUUUAUCUUGAACUAUCGUCGUUGUGAUUUUUUUUGUAAUUAUUUUUUUUUAAAUCAGUUGUUACUUAGUUCGAUCAUUAGCACAUACUAAAGAGCGUCACAAACGACUCGGAAGUAGCUAGAUUUAUAAUAUAUUUAAUGAUAAAUUAAUAAUAUUUAGAUUAGUUUUGAACUGAAGUUUAAAUUUGUUAAUUCACUAAAAAAAAGUUACUUACAGUAGGAACAGUCGAACCGUGGCACUUGGAAGAAAAUUAUCCAAUCUCAACGUUUUUUGAAAACAAAAGAAUCCCUAGAUUAUUUUUACCUAUGCAACCCUUGAAAACUUUAAUACUGUUUGAAGUUCCCAGACCUCUCAGGAAACAACCCACAAAUUUCUUAAAUGUUAUUGAUGCGGUCCGUUUGUUUAAAACUUGACAAUCUUUCGUUUUCGAAAAAAAACUUUGCUAUUGGAUAAUCUUUUCCAAGUGCCCCUGUUCGAGUAGUCGCACUGUAAGUUUCCAUCAAUAGUGUUAUUUAUUGCUACCUUUGUUUUUGUAACAAAAGACGUCGUUGUACAUUGAGGAUAUGCUGACAAAUCGUGAUGAUGCCCAGGAGGCGAGUGAUGCAUACAUCGAGGCGUUUGUGUCAAAGGACAGCCAAAGAGUGAGUAAUGCUUUUUAUUUGUUGGAGGUAACUGUCUACAGAUCAGAAUGGAAGGCUAUUCCUUGACGCCUUUGUUCUCUGGGGAAGAAGAGAGGGUACUCGGGUAAAGAAAAGUGAUCAGAGGUUUACUGACGAGUAGAAAAUAAAGGAGGCGGAAAGAACUAAAAGGGGCAAAAUCGGCAGAGGAGAAAGAGGAAAAGGAAAUUAAAAUUCUUUCGCACAGGUGAAAACGCCCUUGUUUCCUUUCUUCUUCGAUUCUCUUCUCUCGUCUGAAACCGUUACGCCGAAAAUGAAUUAAACGUUAUCCGUAGUUUCAAUAUUAGAUUGAAGAUUAAACUGAGUGUUUCUUCAAGGGCGCGACCUAGCGCGUAAGAGCAUAAAUAGCCGACCCCUAAAGAACCAGUAAAUAAGGACCAAAAAAAAAAAUAGCUGCCUUAACUAUUGACAACAAUAUUAUUUAAAUCUUAAGUUUUCUUUCGGCGGAAAGAACUUUGUUAUGUGGUUUCAGGUGGCGCUAUUUUACCUUGGAGAUGAUGAUAUCAUGCACGGAGUAAUGGCAGCUGGCGUGAGAACCAAUAUGGAUGCUGUCUUUGUUGUUUUCUUCUCAGAUUAG